UACUGCAUCUCAUAGUUUGCCAAAAUUCUUUUUUACAUGGAGGCGAUGGUUUGCCAAAAUUCAUUUCAGCAAGACCUGAAAACCCUAAUGUCAGAUUCUUUCGAUUCGAUGGUUUGCGACCCCACUUCAAGAUUAAUUCCUACUGGGUUUAGGGGAUCUGAAAGCUCAGGAGAGGAAUAUGUGCUGUUCGUAAAUGCCGGGGAGGAGGCUGUAAAUGAAGCAGAUGGUGGUUUGACUAUCAUGGCCGACUCCUUCUUUGAAGGUGGGAAUGUUUUACGUACCGAUGAGCAAAUAACGGAGGCUGGAGAUUGUCCGUUUAUCUAUCAAACAGCACGGUUAGGAAAUUUUUGCUAUAGAUUUGAUAAGAUUCCUCGUGGAGACUACAUUGUGGAUCUUCAUUUUGCGGAGAUCAUUAACACAAAUGGGCCUAAAGGUAUAAGGGUGUUCAACGUAUAUAUCCAAGAAGAAAAGGUUCUGUCUGAAUUAGAUAUCUUUGCGGUUGUUGGAGCCAACAAACCACUACGGUUGAUUGAUUCAAAAGUAUCUGUGAAGGAUGAUGGUGUAAUUCUCAUAAGAUUUGAAAGUAUCAAUGGAAGCCCAGUGGUUAGUGGGAUCUGCAUCAGGAGAGCAACAAAGGAAUCAGUUCCCCAAGGGACAUGUGAUUACAUUAAAUGUAACUACUGUGCCGGACAGAUUGAAAUUCCUUCAUCACAGCUGAAAUCUAUGCAAACAAAAUCUACUGCGAAAUACGAAAAGAAGGUUGAAGAGCUUACCAUGCAGUGUCAGUUAAAGGCAAAAGAAUGCCAUGAGGCAUGGAUGUCAUUAACUGCAACAAAUGAGCAAUUGGAGACUGUCCGGAUGGAACUUGACAAUGUGACAUUUAAGACGCUCUCUCUUGAUCAAACUGUGGAGAAACAAGCUGAAAAGUUAAGGAACAUUUCUAGCAGUUAUGACCAUGAUAAGAAGAAAUGGACGGAAGCAAUCAGAUGUUUACAAGAAAAAAUAAAGUUGAUGAAGAGUGAACAUGCUCAACUUUCCCGUGAAGCACAUGAAUGCGUCGAUUCAAUCCCUGAGCUAAAUAAAAUGGUUUUUGCAGUUCAGGAAUUGGUUAAGCAGUGUGAAGAUUUUAAAGUGAAAUACAAUGAAGAGAUGGCACAAAGGAAAAAGCUAUUCAAUGAAGUUCAGGAGGCUAAAGGGAACAUUAGAGUUUUCUGUCGUUGUCGUCCAAUGAAUAAGGAUGAAACCUUAGCUGGGGGUACAUCAGUUGUGGAUUUUGAUGCAGCAAAGGAUGGUUGCCUUGGAAUUUUGACAGGUGGCUCCACCAAAAAAACCUUUAGAUUUGACCGAGUUUAUUCUCCAAAAGAUGAUCAAGUUGAUGUUUUCUCUGAUGCUUCAGCAAUGGUAAUCUCUGUGCUAGAUGGCUACAACGUUUGCAUAUUUGCAUACGGCCAAACAGGAACAGGAAAGACUUUUACUAUGGAGGGAACAGAACAGAACAGAGGAGUAAAUUACAGGACUCUUGCACACUUGUUUGAAAUUGUCAAGGAAAGGAGUGAAACAUUUGCAUAUGAAAUUACUGUUAGCGUGCUUGAGGUUUAUAAUGAACAAAUCAGAGAUCUACUGGCUUCAGGACUAUCAUCAAAAAAGCUGGAGGUAAAACAAGCCUCUGAAGGUUCUCAUCAUGUUCCCGGCGUUAUAGAAGCCAAGGCUAAUAACAUUGAGGACGCCUGGACUAUACUGCAAACUGGAAGUAAUGCGAGAGCCGUUGGAAGCAAUAACGUGAAUGAGCACAGCAGUCGAUCUCACUGCAUGCUUUGUAUAACAGUAAAGACAAAAAAUUUGAUCAAUGGUGAGUGUACCAAGAGCAAGCUUUGGCUUGUGGAUUUGGCAGGCAGCGAGAGACUUGCAAAAACUGACGUGCAAGGCAUGCGACUUAAGGAAGCACAAAAUAUCAAUAAAUCUCUUUCAGCUCUUGGGGACGUGAUAUCCGCUUUAGCAAGCAAAAGUAGUCAUAUUCCAUACCGGAAUUCUAAAUUGACACAUUUACUUCAAGACUCCCUAGGAGGCGAUUCCAAAGCCUUGAUGUUUGUACAAAUCAGUCCUUCGAACCAGGAUUUAAGUGAGACUUUGAGCUCACUAAAUUUUGCAACUCGAGUGAGGGGAGUUGAAAUGGGUCCUGUCAAGAAGCAAAUUGAUACAAGUGAGCUUCAAAAGGUGAAAGCAAUGCUUGAAAAGGCACGAAAUGAGUGCAGAACUAAAGAUGAAUCCAUACGGAAACUAGAAGAAAAUCUGCAAAACUUGGAAAGUAAGGCCAAAGGCAAGGAUAAUGUUCACAGGAACCUACAGGAAACUAUUAAAGAGCUUGAAGGCCAAAUUGAUUCCAAGAUAGCCGUGCAAAAACAGUCAGAGAGACAAGUUCUUGAAUUGUCAAACAAAUUGAAGGGAAAGGAUGAAACAUGCAAUGCUCUCCAACAUCAGGUCAAAGAGCUGGAAAAGAAGCUGAAAGAUAAAUUGCAGUCUGAGACAGCAAGCUUCCAACAGAAGGUUUGGGAUUUAGAUAACAAACUGAGAGAGCAGGCGCGGGAGUCUGAGUAUCAAUCUGCCAUUUUAAAAGACAAGGUUAAGGAGCUUGAGAGGAAACUGAAAGAGCAGGAACAGAAUUCAGAGAACUUGAUUCAUCAAAAGGUAAAGGAGGUUGAGGACAGGUACAAAGAGAGAGAGCUGAAGUGGCAACAAACUCAUAAUUCUGUUGAUGGGGUGAAGGCCACUCCUGUCGAAGGUAAAUAUAAAAGCUGCACAGGAGAGGACUAUCCAAGCGAGAAUGAGCCUCGCAUUCUAAGGAGUUCAAACUCAAUAAACCACUCGACAAAUCAAGGUUCUGCUGCUUCGUUGAGAGGGAACGACUCCAUUAAUCAGAUGAGAAGUAAAAGAGAAUUCAGAAGCAUUGAAACAGAGAACAAUUUCGUUGACAGGAAAGUCAUGAGGAAAUCUGAUCCUCCCAAAUUAGGAAGAUUAGGGAGGACAACUAGGCCUGUAAUGGCUGCUUCUCAAGCCCCAUUGACCCACAAGAGAGUCAGCAGAGACAGGGAUCAGGUUCAGGGGAUUAAAGAGAGGGACAACAAGAAGAAAAUUUGGUCAAGAUAGCCUAAACAUGGUUAAAAGGAGCAUACUUGCUCCCAGUGUUGUAGCUAUAUGUGAAGAUCUAAUUGUAUGACCCAAUGCAUGCGAGGUGCAAUUGUAUUUCUAUGUUAACGCAAUUAUUUGUGCGUUUAUGUGUAUUAGCAGUUAUAACA